GCCCUGGGCCGCAGGAUAUCCUUUCCAUCUCCGGCAGCCCAUCUCACACCACCUCACCCCUCUGCUGGCAAGAGGGGACCUGAUUCGUCUUCACACCAGAAACUCAUUCCGUGCAACCGAUUAAGGCAGAGCCGAAGAGAAACGGAAACACCCUUGCCUCAGAGCUUCAAAAGUGAAUGAGCAAACCCUCCCAACUGACUCAAAAUGUUUGUCUCACCCAGAAGGUGGAGCUCUCGCAGGGCUUCUAUGGCCAACGGGCAUUCCUAUCUGCCAUCCUCAACAUGCUGUCACUCAGCCUCUCCACAGUAUCCCUGCUCAGCAACUACUGGUUUGUGGGCACACAGAAGGUGCCCAAGCCCGUGUGCGGAAAAGGUCUGGCAGCCAAAUGCUUUGACGUGCCGGUGCCCUUGGAUGGGAGCAGCACCAACAACACAUCAUCCCAGGAGGUGGUGCAAUACAGCUGGGAGGCUGGGGAUGACCGCUUCUCCUUCCAUACCUUCUGGAGUGGCAUGUGGCUAUCCUGUGAGGAAAGCAUGGAAGAACCAGACCUCGUCUGUGUUUCAGGGGAGAGGUGCCGAAGUUUCAUUGAACUCACACCACCAACCGAGAGAGGUGAGAAAGGACUACUGGAGUUUGCCGCGUUGCAAGGCCCAUGUCACCCCACUCUCCGAUUUGGAGGGAAGCGGUUGAUGGAGAAGGCUUUCCUCCCCCACCCUCCCCCGGGGCUUGUGGCAAAGAUCCUAUGGUUAUCAAUGGGAGCCCAGUUCUCCUCCAUUGGACUUGAAUUCGUCAGCUUCCUCCUGCUACUGAUGGACCUGCUGUUCACUGGGAACCCGGGCUGCGGGCUCAAGCUGAGCGCCUUUGCGGCAAUCUCCUCCGUCCUGUCAGGCCUUCUGGGGAUGGUGGCCCAUAUGAUGUAUUCACAAGUCUUCCAGGCAACGGUCAACGUGGGUCCAGAAGACUGGAGGCCACAUGCUUGGAAUUAUGGCUGGGCCUUCUACACGGCCUGGGUUUCCUUCACCUGCUGCAUGGCAUCGGCUGUCACCACCUUCAACACAUACACCAAGCUGGUGCUGGAGUUCAAGUGUAAGCACAGUAAGAGCUUCAAAGGAAACCCGACUUGCCUGCCACAUCACCACCAAUGUUUCCUCCAGCAGCUAUGUGCAGCCCACACAGGGGGUCCUUUGACCAGCUACCACCAGUAUCCCAAUCAGCCCAUCCGCUCUGUCUCUGAAGGAGUUGACUUCUACUCAGAGCUCCGCAACAAGGGAUUACAACAAGGACCCAGCCAGGCUCUUAAGGAAGAGGCGGCGGGGUCAGUCGUAGAGGAAGAACAGUGUUAGGAGUAGUGGGGGGUUUAGAGGGCAGGCUGGACCCAACCUUACAUGUUUGUUAUCAACAUGUACGUAAGCCAAA